AUGCAUCGCCUAAUUCAAGUAUAUAGAAUUUUAGGGUAUGGCAUGACCGAAUUGACAGUUGCUUCACACUUCCCUGUCUUAGAUAAACAAAGAUAUAAAUCAACUGGAAAACUACUUUCCAAUUUGGAAAUGAAGAUUGUAGAAAUUAAUUCUGAUGACGAAGUAGAAGUUGAGAGGGGAAUGCCUGGGGAGCUUUUACUUCGCGGUCCCACGAUUAUGUUGGGAUAUUUGAGAAAGCCUGAGGAAACAAGAAGAAUAAUUAAUCCGGAUGGAUGGUUAAGGACUGGUGAUGUUGUUUUUGUUGAUAAUGAAGGGUUUAUUACUGUACUUGAUAGAUUGAAAGAAUUGAUAAAAGUUAAUGGACUUCAGGUAAUGAAUGAAUGA